UCGCUGUGUCGCCUGGGUGGACAGUGUACUUACAUCAACAUAAAAGUGGAAUAAAAUGUCGCGUUUCUACGUAAACAGAGACGCCGCUUCAUUUGUUUUAGCUACGGCUUCCUAAUUAACACGGGUCAUACUUCGAAAAGGUGGUGGCAGGCCGCAUUUCGCCUUUUUUACCAGCAAUAUUUCACGGGGAGAAGCCACGUCCAUCUUCACCACAGCCGCUGAACACUUCAGUCCCCGCUGAAUAAAAUAUGAACUGAAGAGCUCUUCCUCUGCUCCACGUCACAUAUCUCUGCAGCGCCCGCUGUCCGCUCGCGCUGCUCUUCAGCUCGAGAGCCAACCGUGUCGCCUCGCCACACCUGGACAGAGAAAUGCGUCUGCACGUAUGUUAUCGGAUGCAUGACUGUGUUUGAGUGGUUUUCGGCUGCACUUCCAUUCUCAUCUUCAGAGAGGCAUUUUUCCACUUGACCGACUCCAACAUUUGUCUUCACAACCGCAAAGCAUCAUGGGUAGGAAAAAGAUUCAGAUCCAAAGGAUCACUGAUGAAAGGAACAAGCAGGUGACGUUCACUAAGAGAAAGUUCGGCUUGAUGAAGAAAGCCUACGAGCUGAGCGUGUUGUGUGACUGCGAGAUCGCCCUGAUCAUCUUCAACCACGCGAACAAACUGUUCCAGUAUGCCAGCACCGAUAUGGACAAGGUCCUGCUCAAAUACACAGAAUACAACGAACCGCACGAGAGCCGGACCAACGCAGACAUCAUUGAGACUUUAAGAAAGAAAGGUUUCAACGGAUGUGACAGUCCAGAGCCGGACGGCGAAGACUCGAUCGAUCAAAGUCCUCUUAAUGACGACAAGUUUCGUAAGACUACAGAGGACCUGGAUGUUCUCUUCAAACGCUACGGACAGACUGCUGCUCAGCCCCAGGCGUUCAUGCCGGUCACGGUCCAGGCAACCAAUCAGGGCACGCUGCAAUUCACUAAUCCUGGCAACGCACUGGUAACUACCUCCUACGUCACGUCAUCGCCGCUCACAGAUACCCACCUCCUAUCGCCGCAGCAACCGGCUCUCCAGAGAAAUACGGUGUCACCUGGGUUGCCACAGCGACCAGCCAGUGCAGCUAAUGGAUACACCAGUGCCAGGGCCUCCCCAGGUCUGCUCACCGUCUCCAACAGCAACAGUCUGGGGAAAGUAGUUCCGGCCAAGUCUCCACCCCCGCCUCCCAGCCCACAGAUCAACAGCCGUAAGCCAGACCUCCGAGUCAUCACCUCACAGGGCGGAAAGAGCCUCAUGCAGAUGACAGAGGAUGAGCUGGAAUUGGUAAACGAGAAUGCCCAGAGGCUGGUCCCCGGAGCCCAGGUGGCACAGACCCUCACCACACCGGUGGUUUCUGUAGCCACGCCGAGCCUCCCGGCACAGGGGCUGCCAUUCUCCGCCAUACCCACAGCGUACAACACAGAUUAUCAGCUGACCAGCGCAGACAUCACUGCUCUGCACGCCCUGGCGUCGCCCGGUGGCUUGCUGCCCACCACGUGGCAACAGCAGCAGGCCGUUUCCCAGCAGCAGCCUCAACAACAACAACAACAGCAAACGCAACAGCAGCAGUAUCUCAAUCUGGCAUCUCUCAGCAACUUGGUCAUGUGGGGUGUGGACAAACAGAGCAGCGAGCUGUCUAGCCAAGUGUCCAGUCUGGCAGCCAAUCUGAGUGUUGGCUCUCCGUCCAACCUGCUCUUGGGUAGAGAUGAGUGGUUGGGCCGGCCGGUGACCAACAUACCUCAAGGCRCCAUGCUGACCGUCAACACCAGCUCCAGCGUGAGCAUCAAGUCGGAGCCCGUCUCGCCCGGCCGGGACCGCAGCACCCCCUGCCCCCCUCCUCAUCCUCCGUCUUCUACCACGCCGUCCUCGACAGURGGCGGAGCCAUCCUGACCGCCCAACCGCAGUACCCCGGCUCCUUGUUGUGCCUGGAGCCCCCRACCGGCCGCUCCCCUGCGGACAGCGUGAGCAGCAACGCCAGCUCCUUCGAAGGCAGCGAUCGGGAUGACGCCGGGGCUGCAGGCGGCGGCGGCGGCGGAGGAGGAGGAGGCGGCACGGGCGCCGAGCUCCUUAGRGUGUCGAACGAACCGGAGCAGGACGGAGGGAACAUAAAACGCAUGAGGUUGGACGCCUGGGUUACAUAAACUGCAGCCACAGUGAAGUUUUGGUGACUAUUAAACACUUAAACACCCCCCUCAUUGUUAGCCCACCACACUGUCCUGACCCCACUGCCAUGUGACACUAUCAUCAGAUCUGUCCUCCCCGUAUUCUCCAUGUCACUCAGACUUACAGGGCUUUCCCAACAAACACAGUCAGGAAGUCAAAUUAAUUGACUUAGAGCUCGACUGGAUUUGCUCCUCAUUUAGAAGGACAGUAGAUUUUAAAGCCUUCUUGCUUGAAUGGAUUCGUUUGUUCUGACUUUUUUUUUUUGCAACUUGAUGAAACCAUUUUCAUACGGUUUUUGCAUCACCUUGGAUUUACACGGAGCAUUCACAUCGUUUACAGCGUCUGCUCCCUGACAUUACUGCAUGACUCGCCGCUUCCUGUCGUUCUUUAACGCCUUUUUUUUUUGUUUAUUUGUUUGUUCGUGUGCUGUUCGAUUAUUCCGAGCCUCACCACUGGAGAUAACGUCACCUGGACAAAGUUUGAGAAACUGAGCAUCUACUUCGCACUUAACAGACUCAAACAGCGUCUUUUUUUUAUUUUUAUUUCUUAUUUUUGUUGUUGUUGGUAAGAACAGUGCUGCCAUAGUCACAGACUUCAUGCAACGAGGCAGAACCCGAGCCCUCAGGUGGAGUCCAGCACCCUGCCCGAGUGCCAAUAUCAGCUUCUCUUCAAGAUAAAAUAAAAAUGCCAAAUGCCUCUCGCUCGCAGUGCAGGGACACUGACAGAAACGUUCAGAACUAGAAUUUAUUUAAAGACUGCGUGCUCCUCCUCAUCCUUCGAAGCACGGAUGGAAAUAGUUGAAAUCCAUCCAGUCACUGAGUUUAUCAGCAGGAGUAGAUGCCAUCCAGUUAGACAUAUAGGAACUUUAUGAGCCUCUUUUAUUUUGGUUUUUGUUUUAAUUCACUAGGGAAGUGUUUGGUUAUUUCAGUCCAAGUGUUUUUAUCUGUUGGUAUUUAAAAAAAAACUGUUUUGAAGGUCCGUUAGUCGUCCACAAGUAGAGAAAUCUGACUUUGUAUAAAAAUCACUCCUUAUACAAAAAGCUUUGAUGUCCUCUUUAGCUCUCUAUAUCUCUCCUUAGCUCUUUGCUGUGUUUUGAAAAAAGUUAAAGGAAAAAAAAUAAUUUUUUUAUAUUUCUACCGCUUCAAGUUGGCGACAAAGUUAAACUAGCUUUUCGGCUUCAACGACGUGUAUGUACAUAUGAAUAUAUUUGCAUAGAAUUUGCCAGGUAUCCCUAAAAAAAGAAGAAAAAAAAUCAAGCAAUGUGUUGAUUCUCAGUGGAUCUGUUUGCAUAUAUGAGUGUGACUUUGAUAAUGUUUUGAGCUACGGUGCAGGGCUUACCGCCACACUCUGUAAUGCCGGCGGGUCAGACUAGUUUCAGUAAUCCUAUUUUAUUCUAGUGUUGAUGGUGUGUGCACUUUGUUACACUCACAGAAGGCCUGCCUGGUCGUGGUGUCGUCAUAUUCUCUUGCCACACAUUUUUUUAAAAAUAAAAACCCACAAUUGAAGGUAAAUUGUACGCGGUGAUGUGAACUCAUUAUUACUAAUGUUAUUAUUAUUAGGACACUGCCAUUCACUUAUAGUGUAGUAAUAGAGAUAUAACACACUUUAAAUUGAGUGUAUCAUGUGAAAUCUUUUCCACAUUAAGCAGAAACAAAAUGUUGCUCGUUUUCCUCUUUCAGUUUGGUUUCAGUUUUUGUUUGAAACAUUUCAAGUCUGUGUGAAUCCAGGUCACGUUUUUUAGAAAGGUUUCUCUCAGCUGCUUUUUUUAAAAUUAUUAUUAUUAUUAUUAUUUUGGUUUGGGAUGACGCCGUUGAUGCUUCUGAGUUUGUGCAAGUGAGGCGCUGCUUAAUAAACAGAUGCAUUUCGGUGCACUCAGGUGCAGCUCGCGAACCGGCGUUUGUAACGACCUCGAGCUGGAGCGACUUUUGUUAAGCCGGGGUGACACAUUUUAAGCACAGCAUUAUCUGAUCAAGAUCUCAGAUCAGAUUAGGACCGCCGUGUUUCAGUCAGAUGCGUCAAAAGCAACCAGACUUCUACACCUAACCUUUCAGACAUGAACAGGAGAAGGCUMAGUCUGAUCUGACCAGAGAUAACGGCUGAAACACACCAGCACCUGUGAAGCUAAGCUUACUUUGAGAAAUAAUGUCAGUUCUUACCUGCUGCUCCACGCAGGAGGUGUACACCCUGAACAGGGAGCCAGAAAACGUGGUACCAUGAAUGUGAAGUGUGGGAAAUAAAAAUAAYGGGUCAUAAAUGUGUCAAAACUCAAUGUUCACUCACACUGCUACAUCCCCACAAAGCUAAUCUGAAUAAAUCUUUCUAUAGAGACUUUUAAAUCACAUUCAUACACCGAUGGUGCACAUCAGGAGCAUCGAGGUGUUCAGUUUCUUGCCCAGCGACACUUCAAGCUUGUUGACUUCACACUGCUGGACUCUAACCACUGAGCUGCAUCUUCACAUUAUUUAUUUUUACACCACUAAGACUCAAACGUGCCGUGAGUUACUCUGAAACGUUUAACCCAUUAGAAACAAAUCCCCCUUUUUAUGAGGUGAAGUAGCUUCAGAGGUGCUGGUUGUGAGGUCGGACCUGCUUCUGUGCUCAGCUAAAACAAAACAAAAAGCACCAUAAAUCUGAUGAUUAUAAUCGUCCACGCUGUUUUCCUUCAUUUUCACCGCAUCUCUUUGUGGGCGCUGACCAUUGGGCUGAAAUGUGACACCACACCGAAUUUUCUUAUUUUUUAUUUAUUUUUUUUUGGACUUUGGGUCAAUGUACAAAAAGGUUCUCUGUCCAAUCUUGCAGUGUAGUCACGAGACAAUCUAUAUGAGCAACACGAGAAAACCUGCACCCCUGUUACUCGUUGUAGACGAUGUUUUUUAGGAUCUCACUAUUUUUGGAAUUAAUUUGUGCUGGUGACAGUUUCCGAUGUCUGUUAUUAUUAUGAUGAUAUUAAUCUGGAGCUUUUAUUUUAUUGCUAUUUUUUUGUGUAGUAUGGCCAACUUGUUUUUAUUUUUUCGUUCUUUUUAUCUUCCUUAUCAUAAACAUAGUACUGGUUUCCUUUCUUUUUGUUUUUUUUAAAGACAACUUGCUGAAAAUUGCACGAUCAGUUAUUGUGGUAUUAGCAAAUGCAAUGAAGGAAAUACCAGUUAAAUGCUGCAGUUUUAAUUAAGUCAUAGAAUAUAUUUAUAAAAAAAUGGGAAACGAUGAAAAUUAGUAGAUCAUGAAAUUAAAAAAGUAAAUGCAUGGGACACAGGUAACAACUAAGCUUAUGUUACGUACAGUAAUGGUAAGGACAUGCAUCACAGUGAGUUUAAACGACUCAUAAUAAUGUAGCAUAUGAAAUACUAAAGAUGAAAUUUAUAGCUAAUAUAUUGUGUCGAGCUGGUCUGCUUUGGGUUUUAUUGUAAAGAAAAUAUUUCUUUUUGUUCUUUUUUUGUUUGUUUGUUUGGAGAAUGAUAUACAAUUUGUGUAUAUUUUCAUAUACAAAGUAUGCACUGAUGUUAUUAAAAUUCUAUACCGCUUUUACAAAAAAAAAGUGUUUGUUGUACCAAAGUAUCCAAGUCCCUUGAAACCUUAUCCUUUUUGCGUAUGUUUUACCGUAUUUUAUAUAUUAAAUAGACAAAUUGAGUGAAACUGAA